UUGGCCGGCGGGCAGAUGGGGGCGGGCCUCGGCCAAUGGGCGACGCCGCUCCGGGAGGCGGGACCGUGUUACCUUGGCGGCGCGCCUGCCGGAAGCCCGCGUCGGCGGCCACGCGCAGGAUGGCAAAACGGAAGAGAAAAAUUACCGAAAUGACAGAGAAAAAGAACAAAAAACUGAAGAAGGCGUCAGCGAAGGAGAUGCCACCCGCGGCCACACCGGGCACCGGGGAAGCGCACGCCGAGGGAGGAGCCGCCUGGGGCGCCGGACAGGACACGGCCCUCGAGCUGCCCGAGCUGACCCCAGAGGAGAAGAGGGUCCUGGAGAGGAAGCUGAAAAAGGAGCGGAGGAAAGAGGAGAGGAAGCAGCUUCGGAAGGCUGCAGUCCCGAGCGUGCCGGCCAAGCCCUCCGGGGCCCAGCUGGCCCUGGACUACCUCCGUGGCCUCGGAGCGGGAUUGCCAGGGACCCCGUUUUUGCAGGAGCUGCAGACCUGCCCACGGCGGCUGCGCCACGUUAACAGCCCCACCGGCAAGGGCCCCGACUUGCGCCCGUCCGCGCCCGCCCUCGCUGAUGACAGCCACGCGGCUGGGGAUCAGCCAGGCCUGGCGGCUCUUGGGCUCUUCCUCCGGGCCUCCUCUAAUGACCACGGCCCGAUUUCUGCCGCACACUCGUUCCGGGCACAGGCCGAGUGCCACAUCUGCGGGUGCGGGAGUCCGGGUCGUGGUGCCCUGAAGGCACACCGCUUUGUAGGGGCGCCGCGGCUGACGCGGGAGCGGCUGGUUUCAGGAGCCUCCUGGUGCCCGUGCCGCCUGGCGCGGGUGUGGAGGCAGGCACUCGGGGGUGAGGCGUCCUCUCAGCGCCAGGCCCCUGAGCCCCCUCCGCGGCUCCUCGUCUGCCGCCCUCCAGCUGGGGAGGGGCCUCCACCCACCUGGUGCACAGACCCGUCUGUCAGCUCCCGCCGGCGCCUGACGUGUCCUGUCCUUGCUUCCCAGCUGGGCCAGAAGCACGAGAACUGGAAGUUCCAGAAGACGAGGCAGACCUGGCUGCUACUGCACAUGUAUGACAACGACCAGGUUCCCGACGAGCUCUUCUCCACCCUGCUGGCCUACCUGGAGGGGCUGAGGGGCCGGGCCCGAGAGCUGACGGUGCAGAAGGCCGAGGCCCUGAUGCAGAAGUCAGACGAGGCCACGGGCGCGGACACCCUCCCGCUGGGGACGAUCCAGCGCGUCCGGCAGGUGCUACAGCUGCUGUCCUAGGGCUGCCGGCAGGCCGGGUCACUGCCACAGCCCCAGGCGGUCCCGGGCCUCUCGGUGAGGGUGACCGCGUCCUCCCGGCAGUGGGGCCCCAGCGAGGGGCAAGCGGGGUCAGCAGCAGGGCAGCGGCCAGUGGGCCCGGGGACUUCCGGGGGCCGGGCCCCUGGCCCUCGGGAGGACUAACUCCACGAUGACAGGUUUUCAUGCCUUCACAACCGAACGGGAGCACUUGGGGUGUAACCUAGAGACACUGGCCUGGUCUCUCCAUGGCCUCAGAGCCCACAAGGAAGCCGAGGGAAAGGCCUGUUUUCUACUGGAAUGACUCAGAAAUCCACCAGAGCCAGCCCUUCCCUCCAGCAGUGGUCCGUCCCUGUUGGGGGCUGAGGGCGGUCCCUCCGGUGGCGCCCAGGGCUGCCUGGUCACCUGCCUGCGUUCACCGACCUUUUCCACUCCUGUUUGCAGUAAAACCAUCCUGUGUCGGC